AUGGAUCAUUUAAAAAAUUUAAUAGCAGGUGCUUUAUCAGGUGUAGUAGUUGAUAGUGUGUUAUUUCCAAUUGAUAAUUUAAAAACAAAAGCACAAGUUAAAAAUUCUUUUUCCAUUUUUGAAACAAAAAAAUUAUAUAGUGGAAUUUUACCAACCCUAAUAGGUACUGUUCCAGCAAGUGCUUUUUUUUACUGUUUUUAUGAAUUGUCUAAAAAAUUGUUAACAGAAUACAAUGAACAUAUUAACAAAAGUCACUUAUACCUAAUUUCGACAAGUGCAGCAGAAAUUACAUCAUGUAUAGUGAGAUUACCAUUUGAGGUAGUGAAACAAAAAAUGCAAAUAUCUUCUAAUAAUUCUAUGAUGAAUAUAAUAUAUGAUAUUUCAAAAAAAGAAGGUUUAGGCAAAUAUUUAUUUAAAAGUUAUUUAAUUAUGAUAGUAAGAGAAAUUCCCUUUGAUUGUAUUCAAUUUUUUUUAUGGGAAACGUUUAAGGAAAAAGCAAAAAAAGAUUUUGGUAAAUUCUCUGAUAAAUAUCCCACUGUUAUGUCCUCCAUGUGUGGUGGUUUGGCAGGUGGAAUAGCUGGGUUCCUUACUACACCAAUAGACGUUAUAAAAUCUAGACAGAUGAUAUAUGGAAAACAUUUAAAAGAAACUAUUAGAGAAAUAGCAAGUGAAGGGUAUUUAUCAUUUUAUAAAGGAUGCUAUUUUAGAACAAGUUAUUUAUUUUUUGGUGGUAUUUUAUUUUUUGGGUCUUUAAACUUUUUUUCUUUACUUUUAGAGAAUAAAAUAUGCUUUUGA